GAUUGCAAUCAAUCUAAACGUAACGACUCCGAAUUUGUUUAAUGUAAUCAUUGUGAUAUGUCAUUUUCCCUUUAAUCACUUUACAAUAAGCCGAAAUCGCCAUAUUUAAUUCAUAUAUAAUUUAAUGUAAUGUAAUGUUAUCUACGCGCAGACGAAUUAUAGGUUUUCAACUUAAGUUAUAACAUUAGUAAUAAAUAUAUUAAAGCCAUUCGUUACAUUUUGUAUAUAAUUACACAUGACAUGUUAUGUACAGUAAUAUAGUAUAUAUAUUAUACAUGAUUAGAGUAAUCUACUGUCUCGGAAUUAGAGAAAUUUGAUUUUAUUUAGUUUGACCGGCUAAAGCAACACAAAACAAGAGUAUUUACCAAAGGAAUGCCUCUCGGAGGACAACAAAAAACAUGUGAUUUAAGUUUUAAAUUGAGUUUUAAAAAUGCUGCGAUAACCGUUGCUAUUAUUUUCUUUAAAAAAAAAUUAUCCAAUAUGAUAUCGGGAAGAGCUCAAAAUAACAUAGUUUAUCGCCCAUCUGAAAAUAAUGAAUUCAAUACAAGAGGAAUAUCUGUUUAUCCUGAAAUUACUGGUUUCGAUUACAGUAAUCCCACAAUAGAAACAACUCUUGAGAUAUUAGACAAACCCCCUUCAUAUGAAGAAAUCAUGACAUUGUCUAAAAGUAUGCUCAUAAAAAUAUAUAGUUAUAACGAGGGACGUCCCGAUACUGCCAAUACCAAUACCGAUACUGAUAUAUUCUAUCGAUACUUUCCUUGA